UUCAGUGUGUGAUCAGAGCGCAGUGUGGUCCGGAUCAAACAGCGCUGUUUUGGAGGGUUUUCUGCACCUGUGAAACGGAAUGUACUUUCACAGCGGGAUUCUGAAAGAAAAGAAAAACGCCUCCGGUCCUCUCGGGGCUUUGAUGAACAAUCUGAGUUUAUUCAAUUGCUGAUUAAGUUGGUUGGAGGAGUUUUUAAUGUGGGUGUGAAGUUUGGGAUCAGACACACCCGCCGCUGUCUGUCUCUCUCUCUGUUUGUGUGUGAGGGAGCAGCGGUCACAAACAGGAGUGGAAAUGUGUCUCACUUGUGUUUGGAAUCCUCCUAAACUCCAGAUGGAUGCUCACACGGUUUAGUUUUUUUGAAUGCUGGACUUCAGUUUUGGGUUCUCAUUGUUGGAUCUACAGGAUGCUUCAGCGCUUUCACUCACACUAUGUGCCACAGCAGAGGGAAGGAGGAUCAGUCUGACAAGUUGGCUUGACAUCUUCAUUUAAUCUCGGACAGACCUCUUUUAAAACCAACAUCUCCGUAACGAGCGAUGAUUUUAAUAACUUUCGUUGUUAUAUUGUCCUUCCCGGACUCCGUGUUCACCUUGAGGGGAGACAGCAACACCUCACCCUCCCGCUCCCCCCGUCUGGACUGCGUGAAGGCCAGUGAACAAUGUCUGAAGGAGUACAGCUGCAGCCCCAAAUACCGGACCAUGAGGCAGUGCGUGGCCGGGAGGGAGAGCAACUUCACCGCGGUGACCGGUCCCGAGGCGCAGGGCGAGUGCCGCAGCGCAAUAGACGCCAUGAAGCAGAGCCCGCUGUACAACUGCAGGUGUAGGAGAGGGAUGAAGAAGGAGAAGAACUGCCUCAGGAUCUUCUGGAGCAUAUUUCAAAGUUUACAAGCUAAUGAUCUGCUGGAAUACUCUCCCUAUGAACCAAUCAAUAGCCGCCUCUCAGAUAUCUUCCGCCUGGCCCCCAUCAUAGCUGCUGAGCCCGCAUCCACAAAGGAGAACAACUGUCUGAAUGCUGCAAAGGCGUGUAACCUGAAUGACACAUGCAAGAAAUAUCGCUCGGCUUACAUCAACCCCUGUACCAGCAGGGUGUCUGCUUCUGAGGUCUGCAACAAACGAAAGUGCCACAAAGCCCUGCGACAGUUCUUUGACAAGGUUCCAACCAAAUACAGUUAUGGGAUGCUGUUCUGCUCAUGUCCAGCUGGAGAUCAGACAGCAUGUGCAGAACGCAGACGACAAACCAUCGUACCAAUCUGCUCCUAUGAGGAUAAAGACAAACCGAACUGUCUGUCUCUUCAGAACACAUGCAAGACCAACUACAUCUGCAGGUCAAGGCUGGCAGACUUCAUCAGUGCAUGUCAGCCUGAAGCUCGCUCCAUAUCCGGCUGUCUGAGGGAGAACUACGCCGACUGUCUGCUGUCCUACUCGGGUCUUAUUGGUACAGUGAUGACACCGAAUUACGUGCGAUCACUUGGUAUCAGCCUGUCACCGUGGUGCGACUGCAGCAGCAGUGGGAACAGCAAACCAGACUGUGAAAGAUUUGCAGAGUUUUUCACCAGCAAUCGAUGCCUACGUAAUGCCAUCCAGGCAUUUGGAAAUGGUACUGAUGUUGGAGUGUGGCAACCCCAACCCCCGAUCCAGCCGACUGUACUGGAGCCGGGUAUCACUCGGAGGGGGAAAGAUGGGACCAGUAAUGUAUUGGAUUCUCUGACAGACAUGACCAAACUGGAUCUACAUGGAGAGUCGUCAUACCACAUCUGUGGGACCUUACAGGCUCAAAAACUGGUGUCAAAUGUAACCGUGGAUACGUCUCUAUGCGUGAACCAUCAACUGGACGAGUCCAUGGACUCAAAUGCCAUCGCUCGAAGCUCUGCACUCAAACUCACCUGCCUUCCACCCUCAAGUAUCUUGGCACUGGCCUUUGCUUUAACACCAAUGGUAUCUAGUCUUGAAGGUUUCCAGCUUUUGUAGGAUCUGAGGAGUACGGAUCAACACUCUAAUCUCCAGAAGUGAAUCAACUUUUUUUUAAUUUCCACUUUUUGCCAAAGUGUGACAUUCUUCUUGAAAUGGAAAUGAGCAAACAGAGGGCACUGAGGGCACGGUAAUCAAAGACAACUUGGCUUUAAUCUGAGGAGUACGUGUUGACUGACAACAGACCUGCUAAAGCUGUUUCUGAGAUAUCGGCUCAUUUGUCUUGUGGGGGCAAUUUGGUGACUUCAAGAACCAGAUUCACACUUGGGAACAGACUUGGAGUUAAACCCUGUGAUCUGAUAAUCAUUUGCAUAAAUUCACCUCUUUGGAACGAGUGUGAUCAGAGCACAUCUCAAUGAAUGGACUGCCAAUGUGCCGAACAGGGUCUGGAGGAUGAAGCGGACUAUCAUCUGCGUAGUUAUGCUGCCAACGAACUCAAAAAAAAAAAGAAAAUAUAUGUUGAUCUAAAAGUGUUGCUCUAUAAAUAUGCUACAAUUUUCAAAGAAUAAGGAAUAACAUUCAUAAUGCAUCAUUUAAAAGCCCAUAACAUUUUGUCAGAGUAUCCUCAAAGGAAAAAUACACAUCAGCUACAACAAAGUAACAAUAAAAUAACACGUUUGAUGCUAGCUGUAGAUCAGUUUUGUAGAUAUGUUUGUUAUGGUGGUUUGUGGUUUUAUCACAUCGCCUCCAAGAUAACAUUUUGUACAUAUGAUUCAUAAAGUGAAGUGAAACUCUAUGAUGUAAAGCUGCCGCUAGCUUGUAACAUAUUGUCUAAUGUUUUUGAGAGUCUAUGUUAGUAUUUGAUGACUGAAUCUUGCCAGUCUUACCUGCCAGUCAUAGCUAUGAUAGUAACAUGUGACUGGGUAUGGUUCUUUACUCCUGUGGUGAGUCAAAAAUGACUUUAUUGUGUGAUUCAUUUUCGAUAGCUUAGUGGAUAAUGCUAUCUUAAAGCAGUAUUUUCGUCAGGAAUAUUGAACUAUUUGUGCAGCAACAACAUAAAGACUUAACAGAAGUGUCUUUCAUGGUAAAAAAAAGUAGCUAUUCUAAAAGUAUUCCUUUGUCCUACAGAAAGUUGUAUUUUGAAGGCUUGAUAAAGAUUUCACAGACCGCCCCUAAUUGAUUUUAUUUUGUCACUUUAAUUGGUCUUGGUAGGGAGCAAAGGGACGGGGGGUUUAUAAAAGAAUGUGUACAUACCCACAAGUGGAGAAAAUGCCAAGAGACAAAAGGCAGUAGACGUUAAUGGUUAGUAAUUACUGCUGAUGUAAAUGGAGGAGUGAAGACAAAAACACUUAUUAUACAGUUAAAAACGCCAUAAUUAUCAAAGACAUUAAAGGAAUGUAAAACACAAUGACAAUGGACACUGAAGUCUUGUUUUGAAAAAUCAAUGCCAAUUUUUUGAAGUGUCUGUUGAAACCACCCCCAUGUAUUUAAACUCUAGACAUCUGAGCUGAAGUUAUUACAAUGCACUUCCUCAUACAUUGUGUAUCAGAUUUGCUAUGGUUGUUAUGAAAAGGUCAAAAGGGGUUUCAAUGGGAAAGUACUACUUCACUGUUUAUCUAGAUAAAGACUGGCAUAAACUUGGAGACAUCUUACAUAGUAGACAACUAGGGAUGCACCUAUCCUACUUUUGAGGUCCCGAUACCGAUAUCAAUACCUGGGCUUUGGUAUCUGCCGAUACCGAUACUAGCCGAUCCAAUCCCAGUAUUGCUUUAACAAUCUCUAAUCCUUAAUGUGAGGAUAUAAUCAUGUUUUGGCAACUUCAGGCUUUUCUGACUUUGUAAACCAAAAUAAAGUAAACAUUUUUAAACUGACAGUAUCAUUAUUCAAGAGAUUAUAAAUGUGUACCAGCAGUCUGGUGAGUUAAUCUUCAUAACCAAUAGAUAUUGUAAACACAGAAAAAGCAUAGAACUGAGAUGAAUAGAUCUGCCAAAUGGAUCGGCACUAUAUCUCUGCCCCAUGUUACCUAUAUCCGAUCUAGCUUUUUCAGUCUGAUCUGGCCGAUAUCCGAUACCAGGAUCGGAUCGGUGCAUCCCUAAAGACAACCUUUCUGUGCAAGUGGACAUAAAAGAACACUUUAAAUUUGGUCAUCUGUUCAGUGUUUGCCAAACUUUUGAAAUAAAAAUGAUGGACGGUGA